AUGGUCAAGAAGCGCGCGUCCAACGGACGUAACAAGAAAGGCCGUGGCCAUGUCAAGCCCAUCAGAUGCUCCAACUGCUCGCGAUGCACUCCCAAGGACAAGGCGAUAAAGAGAUUCACCAUUCGAAACAUGGUAGAGUCGGCAGCGAUUCGUGAUAUCUCGGACGCAUCCGUAUUCCCAGAAUACACAGUUCCCAAGAUGUACCUCAAGUUGCAGUACUGUGUCUCCUGCGCCAUCCAUGGCAAGAUUGUCCGUGUCCGUUCCCGUGAAGGUCGUCGCAACAGAGCACCCCCGCCAAGAGUCCGAUACAACAAAGACGGAAAGAAGGUCAAUCCCAACCAGGCGGCUGCCAAGACUACUCAAGCAUAA